AUGACACGCGGGAACCAACGAGAUCUUGCCCGUGAAAAAAAUAUGAAAAAACAACAGGAAAAGCAAAAAGGACGGCGCUCAGAUGGAAUGUCCGUUGCUCAGCGAAAGGAAGCUGAUGCAGAGCGCGUGCGCAAGAAGCAGGCAGAGGCGGAGUUGAAACGGCAAGGUGAUUCCUGA